UUGGUUCGAAAUUGUAAAUAAAUCGCCCGCAAAACAAUGCGAAAUUCAAUAUACGUGCGCAUAUCUCGUGUCCGUAUUUGUUUCUAUAGAAUUGGACAAUUUGAUCACGUUUCGAGCGAUCCGAACCAAUACUUUCAAGCCAUCCCAGCCACUUGUUGAGCUAAUUGAGGCGGUCGUGUGAUCACCGAUCAGUUAUUAAGUUAUUCUUCGGGCACGCGAUCUGCAGACCCGGUCCGCCGACUCAGUCUUGCCCCAGCUCCCGAAGUAAUCAGUACUGCUCCAGAGCCAACUAAAAUUUGGCUCAAAGCAGUCAAUACCAAUUGGGAACUCUGGCCUUUCGAGGACGCUAGAACGUGCCCCUUUCUGCGCCGACAUCACCAAAACAUUUGCGCAAAUAUUUACAUAUUUAAAACAUGACUCUCAGGGAUUGGGGAUAUCGACUGCUGCCGGGCCUUAAGUGGCUGCAAGGAUACACAGGCCAGGAUGCGGUGGCGGAUCUGAUAGCAGGCAUCACAGUGGGUCUUACGGUGCUGCCCCAGGGACUGGCCUAUGCGACAUUGGCCGGCUUGGAGCCCCAGUACGGCCUGUACUCGGCCUUUGUGGGCGGAAUCGUGUACGCCAUGCUCGGCAGCUGCCGCCAGGUAACCAUUGGACCCACUGCCUUACUCGCUCUAAUGACUAGCCGGCACACGGGCUUCGGUCUGGGAUCGGGGCCAGCUUAUGCGAUACUAUUGUGCCUUAUAUCCGGUAUUGUGGAACUUGGAAUGGCGGUGCUGAAGCUGGGAGCCCUGGUGGAUCUCAUCUCACUGCCAGUGACGGUCGGAUUCACUUCAGCCACUGCAGUCAUCAUUGGCACCUCCCAGCUGAAGGGUCUUCUUGGGCUAAAAGGUGGCUCCGGCUCGGACUUCAUCAACACCAUGCGAUCUGUGUUCGGAAAUCUACAUCAAGUGCGACGGGGUGACUUUACUCUGGGAUUGGUCUCUAUCACAGUAUUAUUGUUGCUGCGGAAACUUAAAGAUGUGAAGCUGGAUGGUCGAGUGCGAAGUUUGCGGGCACAGCAACUCAUCAGCGGCACCAUCUGGGUCAUAGCCACUGGACGCAACGCUCUGGUUGUGCUGGUAACCAGUGUUCUGGCCUACAGCACCUGCAAGCAGAUGGAUAGCUGUCCUUAUAUCCUUACGGGCAAGGUUAAAAGUGGCCUGCCGAAGCUUGCGGUGCCAAAGUUCGAGACAACCAUCCUGGACAAGAAUGGCACAGAAAUAUCACAGAACUUUGAGCAAAUGCUUUCGGAAUUGGGCCCUUCCAUGCUGAUAUUACCCAUUAUUGCCGUCCUGGGAAAUGUGGCCAUUUCGAAGGCUUUUGGAGGAGCAGGACUUAGUCCGACGAGGGAACUGGUAGCCCUCUCGAUGAGCAACAUUUGCGGCGCCUUUUGCAGUUCCAUGCCCGUGACAGGAUCCUUCUCGCGCAGUGCAGUGAAUCAUGCGAGUGGAGUAAGGACGCCUAUCGGUGGCUGCUAUACAAGUGUGCUGGUUCUCCUAGCCCUGGGCCUGCUGGCUCCCUACUUUCAGUAUAUCCCAAAGGCAGCCCUGAGUGCGGUCAUCAUCUCGGCUGUGAUAUUCAUGAUUGAAUUCGAGGUCAUCCGUCCUUUGUGGCGCUGCAGUCGUCGAGAGUUGCUGCCGGGUGCCAUUACCUUCGUAAUGAGUCUGGCGGUGGGGGUAGAGAUUGGCCUACUGCUGGGUGUGGGGGCCGAUGUGGCCUUCCUCGUUUAUCGAGCCGCCCGACCUGUCCUUAGUGUCUCCAAGCUGCAGACCACCAACGGCAUUAACUACAUUCUUAUUCGUCCAAAGCACAGUUCCCUAUACUUCCCAGCCGUGGAAUGGGUGCGAUCGGGAAUCUCCAAGGCGCUGACCACUCAUGGAACUGCUCCCGUGGUUCUGGAUUGUUCUCAUGUUCAUGAUUUUGAUUUUACGGCAGCUCGAGGCAUGGGAUCACUGCAGAAGGAGCUGGCCAAAGCAAAUGUGCCUUUGUUCUUGAUGAGCGCCCAGAAGGACAUCAGCGUUAUUCUGAAAGAGUCAACCAACAUUGAUUUUCCAACGAUAGAUAGUCCCGAUGACUUGGAAAGCAUUCUGGAGCAAAGUGAGACAAGUUUUGCUCCCGAUUAUGUGCUGCACUUGCAGAUUGCAGCUCCACUUGUCGAGUCGCGUUUGAACCACUGCGAUGAUAGAGAGCCCACAGAACUGUGUAAACUUAAUGCAAAAUCGAUUUGAAAAUGUAAACUAUAGGAUAUCGUUAAGUUUAUACUUUGUACUUAAGAAUAUCUGGUGGCACAACGUUUAACUGCCUUGCGCAAUUCACAAAAACUGUAAGAUUUAUUUAUUUAUCCGCACAAACCUCUGUACUGUUCAUCUUCCAGUUCUAAAUCAUUAAUUUUAUUUUUAAGAAAAUUUUUCAUUUCCAACUUGUCCAUUCCUUUUAAAAGUGCUCCCUCCUUAGGUUGUCAUUUGUGCUCGAAUAGCUUAAGCUUAUAUUGUAUAUAUAUUUUAUGAUUAAGAUUCUUUUAUAAUUGUUUUAAAAUUGUUUAAUAUUUAAAGUGUUUUUAUAAAUCCAAUAAGGCGAUGUUUUAUUUCCUAUAAAAACUGAAAAAAUUAAAUAGUAUUAUUCUUUAAUCGCAAAGAAAUGUAGAAGCCCAAAUGUAUGCAAUAAAAUUUUUAAACUUUGUCUUCA